GCGAGGAAGUCGCUUUGAAAUCAGACACAGUCGUCUUCUUCCUUUGGCAAAUAAUAAUAAUAUAGAGAAGAUGGAAAAACGCCAUCAUCCCCCUUCCAAACUUUCGAACUCUGGCUCGUCCAUGGCUCAGAAUCAGCUUAUCGAUUCCCUCACAUCUCACAUCUCUCUUUACCACUCCCAUUCUUCUUCUUCUUCCUCCUCCUCCAUACCUAAUCCGAGGUCCGCGAUCCUCCGUUGGUUCUCUUCUCUCAGCCUUCACCAGCGUCUCUCUCACCUCACCUUCGUUGAUCCUAAGUUCGUCCAAAUUCUGCUCCAGAUGCUCGGCUAUAUCCGCACUAAAGGCCGUGGCUCUUUCAUCAUCCUCCCAGACCUCCCUUCCCUCGAUCUCCCCAGUCUCUGCUUUAAAAAAUCCCGUGGCCUUAUCUCCAGGGUUGCCGAGUCCAACGUCUCAGAGCUUCGGAUUUUCGACUCCACUCGCCUCUUUUGUUCUAGGCAAUGGGAAACGACUCGAGAUUGCUCUCGCUCCGUCGAUGCCCUCGACUCGGUCGUCAUGGCAGAGGAAUUUCUCACGAAUGUGGAUCGCUUCGUGGAGACUAUGGAUGCUUUAUCGAAUGGGGCGUUUCUGAGAGGGGAAGAGACUGAUUUGGGCUCCGCUUGGGUAGAAUUGGAGUGGCUCAAAGCCAAAGGCUAUUACACCAUGGAAGCCUUCAUCGCAAAUAGGUUAGAGGUAAGCCUGAGAUUAGCUUGGCUGAACACCAUUAGCGGGAAGAAAAGAGGAAUGAAAUUGAAAGAGAAAUUGAACGCUGCUGCUGCGGCUGCAAAUGCAUACUGGAGGACCAAGGCCUGCGCUGAUUGGUGGGUGCAUCUUGAUCCCCAAACACACAAGAAAAUCUGGACUUGCUUGUUGGGGAAGUCGGCCAAAUCUGUGAUAUACGAGAUUCUUAGAGAAGCAAAUGAAGCACCGCAAGGAGAUAUGUGGCUCUUCAAUUUUAGUGGGGGUACUGCAAGGGAAGGGCGUAUAGAAACUUCCGCAGUUUCAUUCUGUGACAUGAUAUUGGAACAGACCUCUUUAUCAAGGAGACCUAAUAGAAUAGUCAGUAAUUUAAGUGGCUUAUACUUGCUUCAAGAAUAUGCUUCAUUCCUCAUCUUAUGUCAAAAUGGCUUAGUUUCAGUGCAAAGUGUAUUCUUCAGCUCAUUGGGUUCUCUCACAACCUUAGUCGAUUGCAUAUUAAGAAAAUUACGGGGUUUUCUUAUGCUAAUCUCUGUUGAUUCUGUUAAACUUGAGCUUCUUGAAGAAGAUACUCAGAAGUGUUCCUCAAGUUCAUCUUCCAAGCAGAGGCUUGCUUCGACCAGCCGUAAACACAAAGGAAAAAUAAGGAACAUGAAAAAGCCAACCCCAGAUGCAAAGUCUGAUAAAACCGUAAAUUUGUCCGGGAAAAGCAUAAAGAAAGAUCAGGCCAAGUUGGACUUUAAUAAAAACAAAGAUGCGGUAGAAUGCAAGCAAGUUCCUACAUCAUCAACAAUGGUCAAUUGUUCUGAGGCCUUUGCAUCAAAUAUGGAAGUUGUCCCAGGGUUGGUUGCCAGGAAAGGAAGAACUAAAAAGAAACGGAGAGAAAAGAAUAAGAAGUGUACAACUUUGGAAAACACCGGGGAAGUGAAUAAAUCCGUAGUGAAUAGUUUAUCCAUCGAUCCCGAAAGUGAUUCAAGUUGUACUUCUGCCAAUCAGCUUCCUCAGGAAACUAUAGAUGCUCGGAGUAUUGGAGAGUGUGGUUCAGUUAGCUGUGAUAGGAAUGGCUCUGGUACAGGUGCAUCUGUGAAUGGUGCCCUUGUAUGUGAGAAUCCUGGAGAGGAAGAAUUGCACGAAAAAGCUGAAAUGUAUGCGAUUUCAUCCGUUUUGACUUCUGCGGAUCCUGUAGGUAUUUCAAGCUGUGAGGACGUGAGCUCUCAAAAAUCUUGCUGUCCUGGUGAACGUAAAGACAUAUUGACAAUGUCAAAUGGACGACCCAGAACUUUGGAGGAAGGGGAAUCCCAGCGGAUUCACCAUCAAAGAAGAGAAGCAGCAGGUUAUGGUAUUGCCUCUAGCAGUUCAGAGUUUGUUUCUUAUGAGUGGCCUGCCGUAGCUCCUAUGUACUUUCCACAUGUUAAUUCUCACCUUCCGACUGCCACUGACAGACUUCAUCUUGAUGUUGGUCAGAAUUUGCAUGCAUAUGUACGCCAACCUUUUGUGUCAACUGUGCAUCAUGCUAGAAAUCCUUCCAUUGAAGGUACACACAAACAAGUUCUUUCUCGACCCAUGCCCAUGAGUCUAGAUUGGCCUCCCAUGGUUCAUAGCAAUUGCGGCUUGACAACAGCAUUCGCUUGCAAUUAUGAUUCUGGAAUUCUCGUGGACAUUCCUGAACAGAAAAAUAAGCCCGAGCUAGGGAAUGAAUGCGAGACUAACUGGAUGUUGGAGGAAGAUUUUGAGAUGCACACUGUUUCUGGAGUAGACUAUAAUCAAUAUUUCGGUGGUGGAGUUAUGUAUUGGAAUCCUUCCGAUCAUCUAGGGACUGGAUUUUCUCGGCCUCCGUCCCUUAGCUCUGAUGAUAGCUCAUGGGCUUGGCAUGAAGCUGAAAUGAAGAGGUCUGUUGAUGACAUGGUUGCGUUUUCGUCUUCUUACAGCACAAAUGGACUAGCUUCUCCAACUUCAGCUUCGUUCUGUUCCCCUUUUGAUCCAUUAGGCCCGGCAAAUCAGCCUCUUGGUUAUGUUUUGCCAAGUAAUGAAAUAGCUACUAAAGUACUGCAAGCUCCCCCAACAACAAGUGAAGCUGCAGGUGAAGAGGAAGUCUCUGGAACUUUGGCUACUUUAUCAGGGGAUGUUGAAGGAAACUCAGGAGAUUCACUUCCUUAUCCCAUUUUGCGCCCUAUCAUCAUCCCAAAUAUGUCAAAAUCUGAAUACAAGCGUAGUUAUGAUACUAAAAGCCCAAAUGUUCCACCUACAAGGCGCGAGCAUCCUCGUAUAAAGCGGCCACCAUCACCUGUAGUACUAUGUGUUCCACGUGCUCCUCGUCCACCACCACCUUCUCCUGUGAGCAACUCCAGAGCACGACGAGGUUUUCCAACUGUGAGGUCUGGAAGUUCAAGCCCAAGACAUUGGGGUAUGAGAGGCUGGUUUCAUGAUGGUGUAAACUGGGAAGAACCUUGCGGAGCGGAGGUUGUUUUGCCCUGGAGAAACAAAACCCUUGCAGUCAGGCCGAUCAUUCAACCUCUACCUGGGGCCCUCCUGCAAGAUCACCUUAUUGCAAUGUCGCAACUAGGCCGAGAUCAGGAGCAUCCUGAUGUGGCCUUCCCUUUGCAACCACCGGAGUUGUUGAACUGUCCUACCCAAGGGCAAUCUCUAUCAUUGAUCCACGGUCUUCUUAAUGACGAUAUAGAUUCUUUCUGCAAGCAGGUUGCUGCAGAGAAUAUGGCCCGUAAACCUUAUAUCAACUGGGCAAUCAAGCGGGUUACUAGAUCUCUCCAAGUUCUGUGGCCCAGGUCUAGGACGAAUAUAUUUGGUUCAUCUGCAACUGGUUUGUCCCUCCCUUCUAGUGAUGUGGACCUUGUGGUUUGUCUUCCUCCAGUGAGAAAUUUGGAACCUAUCAAAGAGGCAGGAAUUUUGGAGGGUCGCAAUGGUAUAAAGGAGACUUGCCUUCAGCAUGCAGCCAGAUAUCUCGCCAAUCAAGAGUGGGUAAAAACGGACUCCCUGAAGACAGUUGAAAAUACAGCUAUACCAAUAAUCAUGCUUGUUGUGGAAGUCCCUUGUGAUCUUAUAUGCAGUAUACAGUCACCAAAAGAGGGCCCAGACUGUAUCACCGUUGACCAGGACAGCAAUAGUAACACGGAAAUGGUUGGAUUUGAAGACUCUGUAGCAGCAAACUCUUUGCCGACAUUCACUGGAAACUUGGCAAAUGCAAAAUCUGUCCGUCUUGACAUCAGUUUCAAAACUCCAUCCCAUACGGGUCUUCAAACCACACAACUGGUCAAAGAUCUGACAGAGCAAUUUCCAGCUGCCACGCCACUUGCUUUAGUGUUAAAGCAGUUUUUGGCUGAUCGUACCCUGGAUCAAUCAUACUCUGGUGGAUUAAGCUCUUAUUGCCUGGUAUUACUGAUUACACGCUUUCUUCAGCAUGAGCAUCAUCUGGGGCGCUCUAUCAACCAAAACCUUGGGCGGCUUCUAAUGGAUUUUCUUUACUUUUUUGGUAAUGUGUUUGAUCCUCGCCAGAUGCGUGUUUCAGUGCAAGGAAGUGGUGUCUAUAGGAAUCGGGAGAGGGGUUAUAGUAUUGAUCCGAUACACAUCGAUGACCCUCUUUUUCCAACAAAUAAUGUCGGGAGAAACUGCUUCCGUAUACAUCAAUGUAUUAAGGCAUUUUCUGAAGCUUACUCUGUUCUGGAGAAUGAGCUCACAUGCAUUACUAGUUCUAGUGAUCCGUGUGGAAAACAGCUGCACAACUUGCUUCCAAAAAUCAUCCCAAGUAUCAUUUCAUCUUAGGAUGGAGAUGUGUUUUAUGUGGCGCACAAACUCUGGAAAUUGCAAGCUGCUGAUGAUAACCCUAAUUUGUUAUAUUGUGAUUCGAGGCUGGGAAGCUUACCUCCAUGACUCAAAUUGUUAUUGUGAAGAUAGGCUUCGGCAACUUAUACCAGAUUUGCAUGGUGUUGUUGAUGUAAAAAAACUACAGGUUUGAUGACUCAACGAGUUUGGUUGGUCGUCUAAAGCAUAUGCUUGGUCUACACCCAACCCAAGUAAGAAAAUGCACUGGUUGAAGAGAAAAAAGCAGAGCCAUAUAAAAAUGUCAAUACUGGGACAUUAGAGAGCAGAUUAUCAGGAAGCUUUGGGAGAGUUAUUGAAUCAAAUGCUUACUGGAGAGAUGAUGUGGAGAUUUUGCACAAGUAAACUAAUGCUUGAUGACACAUUAUCGAGGAAUACUUUGGGAGAGGAAGAUAAAGUAUUAUGAGUGUGACGAGACCUUCUUCUUCUUCAUUUGAUUCCCACUGUUUGGAUGAAAUGAGGAAUUAAAGUUAAGCCCUUAUGUAAAUGUAUGAUCGGCGAAUGUGCCACCUCCCUUUUGUUCCUUCUAUUUUACUAACUUUGUGCUUCUCAUUUUUCCACGUUUUCUGCUUUUAAAACCACAUUAGCUAACACGUUAUAGUAUACUCGAAUCGAAUUUGUAUCAUGGAAUUCAGUCUAUUUAUUUGAAGCUAAA